GGAACCGCACCAGGAAAAGACGGUUGACGUUGUUAAGCCUUGCUAGAUGAUUGGCGAGGUAAGAUGGCGGCGCCAGAGGAGCCAGAAUUAUCCCAGGCGCAGACCGAAAAACUCCUUCAAUUUCAGGAUUUAACAGGUUUGGAAUCAAUGGACCAAUGUCGCCGAACAUUAGAGCAACAUAAUUGGAACAUAGAGGCUGCAGUGCAAGACAGACUCAAUGAGCAGGAAGGAGUUCCUAGUGUGUUCAAUCCUCCUCCAUCCAGACCGCUUCAGGUUAACACAGCAGACCAUAGAGUUUAUAGUUACAUCGUUUCACGGCCUCAACCCCGGGGAUUACUAGGAUGGAGUUACUACUUGAUAAUGCUCCCCUUCAGAUUUACAUAUUACACACUCCUGGACAUAUUCAGGUUUGCCCUACGGUUCAUUAGGCCAGAUCCUCGCGGUCGCGUGACAGACCCUGUUGGAGAUGUGGUGUCUUUUAUUCAAAGUUUUGAAGAGAAGUAUGGCCGGUCACAUCCUGUGUUUUACCAGGGGACCUACAGCCAGGCACUGAAUGAUGCCAAACGGGAACUCCGCUACCUGUUAGUGUAUCUUCAUGGAGACGACCAUCAAGACACAGACGAGUUUUGCCGUUCGACGUUAUGUACAGAAGAAGUCAUAACCUUCCUCAACACACAAAUGCUGUUUUGGGCAUGUUCAACCAGCAAGCCUGAAGGCUACAGAGUGUCCCAAGCUUUGCGGGAGAACACCUAUCCAUUCCUGGCCAUGAUCAUGCUCAAGGACCGCAGGAUGACUGUGGUGGGCAGACUGGAGGGUCUCAUUCAGCCAGAAGACUUCAUCAAUCAGCUCACCUUCAUCAUGGAUGCCAACCAAACAUAUCUGAUGUCAGAGCGCCUUGAACGUGAGGAGAGAAACCAGACCCAAGUUUUGAGGCAGCAGCAAGACGAGGCUUAUCUCGUCUCCCUCCGUGCCGACCAGGAAAAGGAGAGAAAGAAAAGGGAGGAGCUGGAGCAGCGAAGGCAAGAGGAAGAGAAGGUCCGGCAGAGUGCUCUUGCUGAGGAGCGGAGACGGAGGAACCUGGAGGAGGAGAAGGAGAGGAAGUCUGAAUGUCUUCCAUUGGAGCCUCCUGCAGAUGAUCCAGAAAGUGUCAAAAUAGUGUUCAAGCUGCCCAAUGACACACGGGUGGAACGGCGAUUCCUGUUUGGCCAAUCUCUGACGGUAAUACACGACUUCCUGUUCUCUUUGAAAGAAACGCCAGAGAAGUUUCAGAUAGUCACAAACUUCCCUCGUCGAGUCUUGCCCUGCCUCCCCACUGAAGAACAACCCAACCCCCCCUCACUAAAAGAGGCUGGGCUCAGCCGCUCGGAGGUACUUUUUGUUCAAGACCUUACGGACGAUUGAUAGAUGGUACCACCUCCCUCUGUGGAAACCGAUUUCUCCUCUGACAGCCACUCAUCUUCCUCCCCUCCUCUUUUUCAUAUUGUGUUAAAUGGCCAUUAUGCAUAAGGGAUCAUUGAGCUUGACCUGGAGAGUUGAACCACCCCUGCAUUCAGUGCUUGUUUGGUUGACAGGGUUCCCAAUAGCCUGGAAAGUCUUGAAUUUUUUCAAAUAAAUAUAUCUCUUGGAAGUCCUUACCCGAGCUCAUCUUUGUUUCUGUGCAGAAAGCUUCUUUAUCAUCCGUACUAGAUACCGGUUAACUCUUGUUCUUCCUUCUCAUUCAGUGUUGCAGCAUUGAACUAAUCAGCUGCUGAAGUAGCAGCAGAGCCAACUCCCAUGAGCCACCAUGUGUUAUUCCUCAUUAACAGGCUGCUGCAUCGCAUACAUUUCAAUGGUUAAAUGAAAGUUGUUUCUGUUCAUCCACAUUGACACCUUUUUGUCCAAAGUUUCCAUUUAUUAUUGUUGAUUAAGAAACAUUUAAGUAAACGAUUUUUAUGAUGAAAGAAACUCUUCCAGGAGGACGGUGGACACGAUUUAAAGAUUUGGGAACCCUGUUUCAAUGAGCCAUUACCUGUACAUAAGUUAUGUAUUUAAAGUUUCCAAAUUGACCUUAUUUUAUUUUUGACUUCUGUGUCAUAAAAUGACCAAAACGCAGGUUUGUCACUAUAAAGCAGACUGCCUCAAGCUCAAGAAGUUCUAACGUAAAAUAUUUAACACAAAAGCCACAGUUUUUCCAUGUGGCUUUAUCUAGUAUAGUUCAAGUCUGCCCAUAGUGUGCCUGUGGUUUCUCAUAGAUGCCUGUUUUGCCUGUAACAUCUGAAUGGGCUCUUGUAAAGUUGUACUUUUCCAAAUAUAAAUUAAACAUUUAAACAAAAAAAAA